GAAAUCAGGAGUAUCAUGAUGAGACUCACACCAAGCCCAACAGAUAUUCUUGAUUCACUAUGCAAGGACUUUCUUAUGUUUAAUGUAUCGGCUAUUCUUUAUCUUAUGAACUAUGAGCAAUAUGGAAGGAGUACAGCCAGCGCUCAAUACUUUCUACAAUUGGCUGGAUACUUAGGAAUACCUGUGAUAGCUUGGAAUGCUGAUAAUUCUGGUCUUGAGAGGAGGGCCUCGCAGAGUAGUUUGCAGCUGCAGUUGGCACCGUCCCUCGAGCAUCAGACUGCUGCAAUGCUGAGUAUUUUGGAACGGUACAAGUGGCAUCAAUUCAGCAUUGUGACCUCGCAAAUUGCUGGCCAUGACGAUUUUAUUCAAGCCGUCAGAGAGAGAAUUUCCGAUAUGCAAGACACCUUCAAGUUUACCCUCUUGAAUGCCGUCCAGGUGGCGAAACCUCAUGAUCUUCUGGAAUUGGUGAACAGUGAAUCAAGGGUGAUGCUUCUCUAUUCGACAAGAGAAGAAGCAUCGUACAUACUCAAAGCAGCUCGCGACUUAAAAAUUACUGGCGAAAAUUACGUCUGGGUUGUCACUCAAAGCGUCAUGGAGAACCUUCAAACACCUAACCAGUUUCCUGUUGGAAUGCUCGGUGUUCAUUUUGAUACGAGCAGCACAAGUUUGGUGAACGAAAUUGCAACGGCAAUAAAAGUCUAUGCUUAUGGAGUAGAGGAUUUUGUAAACGAUCCCACAAAUUCAAAUCUGGGAUUGAACACUCGUCUGAGUUGCGACGGUCCAGGCGAAUCACGAUGGGAUACUGGAGACCGAUUUUUCAAGUACCUGAAAAACGUUUCUGUAGAAGGGGAACCCGGUAAGCCUAACAUCGAGUUCACCCAAGAUGGUGUUCUAAAAGCUGCAGAAUUAAAAAUCAUGAAUCUUCGCCCUGGAGUGAGCAAGCAACUUGUGUGGGAGGAGAUCGGCGUGUGGAAGUCUUGGGAGAAAGAGGGUUUAGACAUCAAAGACAUAGUAUGGCCAGGAAAUACCCACACCCCACCUCAGGGUGUUCCCGAAAAAUUUUAUUUAAAAAUCACAUUCCUGGAAGAACCCCCUUAUAUUAAUCUUGCACCUCCAGAUCCUGUAACUGGAAAAUGUUUGAUGGAUCGAGGAGUCCACUGUCGUGUGGCCAAAGAAGCUGACAUGGCUGAGAUGGACAUUCAGUCUGCUCAGCGAAACGAAAGCCUUUAUCAAUGCUGUAGUGGAUUUUGCAUUGACUUGCUACAAAAAUUUUCCGAAGAGAUUGGCUUCACAUACGAACUUGUCAGAGUCGAGGACGGCAAAUGGGGUACUUUGGAGAAUGGAAAAUGGAAUGGCCUCAUAGCUGACUUGGUAAAUCGGAAAACGGAUAUGGUGAUGACAUCUCUCAUGAUAAAUUCCGAAAGAGAAGCAGUCGUAGAUUUUACAGUGCCAUAUAUGGAAACUGGAAUAGCCAUCGUAGUAGGAAAAAGGACUGGCAUUAUUUCACCAACGGCAUUUUUAGAACCAUUCGACACAGCUUCCUGGAUGCUGGUUGGCUUCGUCGCCAUACACUCUUCUGUUUUCAUGAUUUUUCUCUUCGAGUGGCUCUCGCCAUCCGGUUUCGACAUGAAGGCAAGUCCACCACCGAGUCAUCGAUUUUCACUAUGUCGGAUCUAUUGGUUGGUAUGGGCCGUCCUUUUUCAAGCAGCCGUUCAUAUUGAUUCCCCGAGAGGAUUUACAUCCAGAUUCAUGACUAAUGUUUGGGCCAUGUUCGCCGUAGUUUUCCUUGCCAUAUACACUGCCAACCUGGCGGCCUUCAUGAUAACAAGAGAAGAAUAUUUCGAGUUUUCAGGAGUGGAUGAUCCUAGGCUUGCAAAACCCUGGUCCCACAAACCAAUGUUCAGAUUCGGCACUGUGCCUUUUACUCACACAGACAGUGCCCUUGCUAAGUAUUUCAAAGAAAUGCAUUCCUACAUGAAAAUGUUCAAUAGAACAAACGUUGCCAAAGGCAUAGAGUCUGUUGAUAAUAGGGAAUUGGAUGCCUUCUUUUAUGACGGUACGGUCCUUGAUUACAUCGUCGCACAGGAUCAAGACUGUCGACUUUUGACCGUUGGUUCUUGGUAUGCUAUGACCGGAUAUGGUCUGGCUUUCCCCAGGAAUUCAAAAUACUUGCAAAUGUUUAAUAAACGUCUGCUUGAUUACCGAGAUAAUGGGGAUCUAGAACGAUUGAGAAGAUAUUGGAUGACAGGUACUUGCAAGCCAGACAAGGAAGUGCAAAAGAGUAGUGAUCCUCUAGCACUCGAACAAUUUUUAAGUGCAUUCCUGAUGCUCAUGUUUGGUAUUUUCGUUGCUGGAGUUUUAUUAUUGAUGGAACACAUUUAUUUCAAGUACAUCAGACAUCAUCUGGCGAAAGGAGAUAGAGGAGGAUGUUGUGCUUUACUGAGUCUGAGUAUGGGAAAGUCUCUAACAUUUCGUGGAGCAGUUUUUGAAGCGCAGGACAUCCUUAGACACCACAGAUGCAGAGACCCAAUUUGCGAUACUCAUCUUUGGAAAGUCAGGCAUGAACUGGACAUGGCGAGGCUUAGGAUACGCCAGCUUGAAAAGGAUCUCGAAGUGCAUGGGAUUAAGCCAAGCCAGACCAAAUUUGUUGACGCUGUUGAAGUUUCCAAGCCGAGGGAUAUGACGACAACUACGGUGUUGAGCACUGAGUACGAAGAAAGUUUUUUACCUACAGAAAUUUACAGGUUUCCGGAUGAGGAGCUAACGGUCACGGAAAUUGCGGAAAUUGAAACAGUUCUGUGA